AUGUACAGAUACACUACUAUUUGUUUGUUGUUAUUGACAACAUUGGCUUUGGUAUCAGCCACUUCGAUCAAAUCAAACACAAAUACAUGCAGAGCUAUCACUUUCAGUGGUGCUGGUGAUAGAGGUGCAUAUGAAGUUGGUGUUGCUGCUGGAUUGGUCUCAAUCCGUACACCAGAAGAGUCAAGAUGGCAGGUGGCCACAGGGAUCAGUGCUGGUGCUAUCAACACGGCUGGUAUGGCAAUGUACAGUGUUGGUCAAGAGCAAGCUGCCACCAAAUUCCUUGUAGACACAUGGUUGGCAACAACCAGAGAUCAAAUCUGGAAGAACUGGGCUGGUGGUCCAACUGAAGGAUUCCUCUUCCAGCAGGGUCUCUUGGAUGAUGCUCCACUAUUGACUUUCUUGAAUGGACUGUUUAACCAAACCGAGGUUGACGCUUCCAAUAGAACUAUAUUGGUUGGUGCUACAAGCUAUGAUACUGGUCUGUUUGUAAAGUUUUCUGAUAUGCUUGACCCAGAUAUCGUAUUGAUGGUUAAGGCUUCAGCUUCAAUUCCUGGCUUGUUCGAACCUACUAAUAUCCGUGGAGAGUUGUUCAUGGAUGGUGGUGCAACUUAUGCCACGCCAGUGACCGACACUGCCGAGCUCUGUGCACAGACUGGCGCCGAGAACACCAUAAUCGAUGCAAUCAUCGUUGGCAAGCCCAUCAAGGCUGAGAACAACACCGCCUGGAAGACCCCAUCAUUGAUGAUGCGUGCUGCCGACAUUGUCAAGCACAACAUGUUCAUGAAGGACAUUGAGACUGCAUUCCAAGCCUACCCCAACAUAUUGAUCAACCUCUACUACCCAAGCCAGCCUUUGCCCGGCGAUUUCCUGGGCUUCCAGUACUCCCAAGAGAUGAUUACCAUCGGUUUGAAGGAUGCCACAUCAGAGAGUCCAUCCAUGGUGACCGUCCACAGUGGCAACUACAAAGAAGUUAUUGCCACACUCAUCUAG